CGCUCAUGUUCCGUGCCUAACGUUACCUGGGUACGCAGCGUACCCGACAGACUGCGAUCACUUAGCACUACAAAGGGAUCUGUGCCUCGCGGUGGACACGGACAAUGUCAUCCGGCUAAACCUCACUGCAUCCCAUUCAUGCCAGUCUCAAGACAUAACAUGGGACGAACUGCUACAGGCAAGUGAAGCAAAGAAUGUGCAAACAAGCUUUCAAUGCUGCCGCGCAGAAGGACAGCAGGGUCCAGCUGCUGAUAGGAGAGGAAACAAAGCGCGAAGCGUCAACAAUGAAGGCAAUCGCUGUGGUCACGAUGACUUUCUUGCCAGCAACCUUUGUUUCUGUGAGUGUUCCGGUCCCUACUCUACCUGUCACACGUUUAUGUGUAGCUCAUACGACCUGCUGCAUGGACGAUCUUUGGAACCAAUUUCUUCUCGUUUGAGCCACACAGAGACGCUGGACGAUCAUCCUUUGCUGUGUCCCGUCAGUUCUGGAUGUACUGGGCACUUUCUGUUCCGCUGACUGUUGCAACGCUUGCUUUGUGGUUCUGGUGGAGCUGCUGGGCUGAGCACCUAUGGCUCUCAAGGUUCAGAGCUGAUGCCCUUCGCGCUAAACAUAUUUCACCGUAAGAAU